AAAGAAACGCCUUUAUAAUGCUAUACCAUGUAAAGUGUACUACACUUCACACAUAUGAGCUUCUCCAGACUGCGUUCUAAUACCGAACCAAAUCUCGCGAGAUCGCACGAGGAGAACAAGGGGUCCCUCCAGUUUGAGGACAAGUGGGAUCUUAUGCGCCCCAUUGUCCUUAAGUUGCUUCGCCAAGAGUCCGUAACUAAGCAGCAGUGGUUCGAUCUAUUCUCAGAUGUUCACGCAGUUUGUCUAUGGGAUGACAAAGGGCCAGCAAAGAUCCACCAGGCCCUCAAAGAGGACAUCUUAGAUUUUAUUAAGCAAGCCCAAGCGAGAGUGCUCAGUCAUCAAGAUGACACGGCGCUCCUUAAGGCUUACAUCGUGGAGUGGAGAAAGUUCUUCACGCAGUGUGACAUACUGCCCAAACCGUUCUGCCAGCUGGAGAUCACCCUGAUGGGAAAACAGGGCAGCAAUAAGAAAUCCAAUGUGGAGGACAGCAUUGUUAGGAAGCUGAUGCUGGACACUUGGAAUGAAUCCAUAUUCUCCAACAUCAAAAGUAGACUGCAGGAUAGUGCAAUGAAGUUAGUUCAUGCUGAACGUUUGGGAGAAGCGUUUGACUCGCAGUUGGUCAUCGGGGUCAGAGAGUCUUAUGUGAACUUGUGCUCCAAUCCCGAUGACAAGCUGCAGAUCUACAGGGAUAACUUUGAGAAAGCCUACCUAGACUCUACUGAGAGGUUCUACAGGACCCAGGCACCAUCAUACCUGCAACAAAAUGGAGUACAAAACUACAUGAAAUAUGCAGACGCUAAGUUAAGGGAAGAGGAGAAACGUGCACUACGAUAUUUAGAGACUCGACGUGAAUGUAACUCUGUACAAGCACUUAUGGAAUGUUGUGUGAAUGCACUGGUAACGUCAUUUAAAGAAACAAUCUUGGCUGAAUGUCCAGGCAUGAUCAAACGGAAUGAGACUGACAAGCUUCACCUCAUGUUCUCGCUCAUGGAUAAAGUGCCCAGUGGGAUAGACCCCAUGCUGAAAGAUCUGGAGGAGCACAUUAUCAGUGCUGGACUGGCAGACAUGGUGGCUGCUGCUGAGACCAUCACUGCUGACUCUGAGAAGUAUGUGGAGCAACUUCUAACUCUGUUCAAUCGCUUUAGUAAAUUAGUGAAAGAAGCGUUCCAGGAUGAUCCACGAUUCUUGACGGCCAGAGAUAAAGCAUACAAAGCAGUUGUAAAUGAUGCCACAAUAUUUAAGUUGGAGCUGCCAUUGAAACAGAAGGGAGUGGGCCUCAAAACACAACCAGAGUCAAAGUGUCCAGAGCUGCUGGCCAACUAUUGUGACAUGCUGCUAAGAAAGACGCCACUUAGCAAAAAGCUGACUUCAGAGGAGAUAGAGCUCAAGCUAAAGGAAGUGCUACUUGUGCUAAAAUAUGUCCAGAACAAGGAUGUUUUCAUGAGGUACCACAAAGCCCAUCUGACAAGGCGUCUGAUCCUGGACAUCUCAGCGGACAGUGAAAUUGAGGAGAACAUGGUUGAGUGGCUGAGGGAAGUUGGUAUGCCUGCUGACUAUGUGAACAAACUGGCUAGAAUGUUCCAGGACAUCAAAGUUUCUGAAGAUCUUAACCAGGUUUUCAAGGAAAUGCACAAACACAACAAGCUGGCUUUACCAGCGGACUCUGUGAACAUAAAGAUCUUGAAUGCUGGAGCAUGGUCACGUAGCUCAGAGAAGGUGUUUGUAUCUUUGCCCACUGAGCUGGAAGAUCUCAUCCCUGAGGUGGAGGACUUCUACAAGAAGAACCACAGCGGCCGCAAGCUCCACUGGCACCACCUCAUGUCCAAUGGCAUUAUCACUUUCAAGAAUGAAGUUGGGCAGUAUGACCUGGAGGUGACAACCUUUCAGUUAGCUGUACUUUUUGCCUGGAACCAAAGACCCAGAGAGAAGAUCAGCUUUGAUAAUCUGAAACUUGCCACAGAGCUGCCUGAUGCUGAACUGAGACGAACUCUCUGGUCUCUUGUUGCCUUCCCAAAGCUCAAACGCCAAGUGCUGUUAUAUGAACCUCAAGUGAGCUCUCCCAAAGACUUCACAGACAGUACAUUGUUUUUCGUGAACCAGGAAUUCUCCUUGAUAAAAAACUCCAAGGUUCAGAAGAGGGGUAAGAUAAACCUGAUUGGUCGAUUGCAGUUGACGACAGAGCGAAUGAGAGAAGAGGAGAAUGAAGGCAUUGUCCAGCUUAGAAUAUUAAGAACACAGGAGGCCAUCAUUCAAAUCAUGAAGAUGCGUAAGAAGAUCACGAACGCCCAGCUGCAGACAGAGCUGGUUGAGAUCCUCAAGAACAUGUUUCUCCCUCAAAAGAAGAUGAUCAAAGAACAGAUCGAGUGGCUCAUUGAGCACAAGUACAUCAAGAGAGACGAGACGGACAUUAACACCUUCAUCUACAUGGCAUAAAUGACCGAAGAGAUGAUCCGUAACCGUUCUGAGGAUGAUGAAGGUGACGUACAUGUCGAGGACCAACAGCGGGGAGGGACGAUGACAUCUCGAAGAUACGGCUUAGGCUGCUGGUCUUCCGGCGUAGUGAUGAGCUUGAUAGUCACACAUCAGAGAAGUUAAUUAAAAAAAAUAAAAUCCCUGCCUUACCUUACAGUGAUGACAUACAAGAUGAGGAUACG